UGGUGAUUUCAGUGGCUGGAUUGUAAAGCCAGAAGGAAUCACUCUCAUUAACUAGUCUGACCUUUUUAUAGCAAAUACCUUAAGUCUUUUUCCUUUCGUUUAUUUGCCCUCUACUAAAGUAUAUCUUUUAAGUAGGGGAGGGAAAUCUAAACGUAGAUUAUUUCUCAUUGCUUUUUUUUUUUUUUUUUAAAUUUCCACAGUAGAUUUUUCCAGUGGUAAUGAUCCCUCCUGAUGGAAAUUUUCACCUGGUUCCUAGUUUGUGACCAAGUUUAAAGUUCAGCCUAUGCUUUGAAGUAUAAUCCCACAUCCACUGAUAUCUAGAAAAUGUCUUAUGGAUCCAUUGAUGGGAGUGGAUUUGGGAGCAGGAGUCCAUUUGGAGGCCCUUCGAGACAAGGCUAUCAACCUCUCGCCACGCAGAUUGAUCCCAGUGAACUACAGGAACUUUUUCAGGAGACUUCAGCCAAUGUCUUCCGAAUUAACUCUAAUGUGACCUCUCUGGAAAGAAGCCUUCGAUCUCUGGGGACCUCAAAUAAUACUCAAGAGCUGCAGGAUGGACUGCAUGCAAUCCAGCAGGAGACUAAUAAAACUAUCACGACUAGCACCAAAGCCAUCAAGCAGUUGUCUGAAGUUGUCAGAGGCUCAUCCAGGCAAGAGCGACUUCAGCUGGACAGGCUGAAGAACCAGCUGUCUGAUGCCAUCCAGAGAUAUGGAGCUAUGCAGAAGAAAAUAGCAGAGAAAUCCAAAGCUUUGCUUCCUACUGGGCAGAGAAGUACCAAACAGCAGAGCCCUAGGACCCCCUUCUCUGACCUACCUGAUGAUGAGAAGAUCUUUAACGGAGGAGAUGGCACAUGGCAGAACCAGAGCCAGGAUCAAGCCUUGCUCUCGGAAAUCACAGAAGAGGAUCUGGAGGCCAUCCGUCAGCGGGAAGAGGCUAUUCAGCAGAUUGAGAGUGACAUGCUGGAUGUGAACCAGAUCAUUAAAGACCUGGCCUCCAUGGUGCAUGAGCAAGGAGACACAAUAGAUAGUAUUGAAGCCAACAUUGAGACUGCAUCUUCUAAUGUAGAAUCAGCCAAUGAACAGUUGGCAAAAGCCAGUCAGCACCAACUACGAGCCAGGAAGAUGAAGUGCUGCCUUCUCUCUGUUGCGUUGGCCAUUCUGCUGUUCAUUGUCAUAAUCAUCGGGGUCUCUGUCAAGCGCUGAUCUGUCUAUGGUUUCCACAGAGCCUGUGAUCACCCUGUGAAGUGGAAUGGAUUCUCAAGGCAUUUCACAUUCAGGCCCUACGUCAAUGUCUGCUUUACUGAUCAUGUCAUAUUAAAACUGCUAUAGCCAACAAAAACUAAUUGUAUGAAUGGAAAGCUAAGUUUUAUACUGUGUGUUAGUAUAACUGUGAAUAAUUUUUCCUUUUUUUUCCCCCUUCAUUGCAGACAAGUUUUACUUUAUGUUACAGGUUUUAAUUAUGUCCCCUGUGUAUCUGGGGAAUGCUAUUUCUUUGCCUCCUGAUUUGGUGUACAGUGUGCUGUAUGAUACAUAGCUGUUAAUUCAUCUCUAUGGUUUGUGUUUUUAACAUGGUCUUGAUCUCCAGUUCUGCUCAUUUAAAACCCUGAAAGUCAACAUGUUUUGUUUGGUUCUUUUUUGUUGUUGUUUUUGUACAUUUUAAAAAUAAUCUAGCUCAGAUUCUCAUACUGUGCACUGCUGCUUUAGAAAUUGCUCUGCCAGAUCUGAGCUAAGCAAUUUCAGAAUUAUAUGUGCCAUUUCCAAACAUAUCAAUUAGAUGCUUAUUUCAUCCCAUUGUAUGCAUAGAACACCAUAUUUAUUUAUAAGAAACACUAGUGAAAGAGCAGGACAAAUAAACAUUAAGGCAUAUUGCUACCAAUUUUUAACAGGAAAAGACUGUUAAAAAGAUCAGGCAAGGCUUCUCAUAAACAAUGUCAAAUUUUGCAUUAGCUUUCAUUUCAUAGAUUUCAAUGCAACCAGUAUUUGGGUUUUGUUCCAUUUUCACCCACAAUAUUUUCUGCUGAAAACAUGAUUGAAAAAUGCCAUUUAAAUUCUUCUUUAAAUGUGUCAUGUACUAUAAAUGCAGUUUUCCUCCAGUAAAUAAAGCAUUUCAAAAAUGGUUUUAAUUAAAAUGUCAUAUAAGGUAUAGAAGAGAAUUUCACAAAAUGAUUUGUUUUUUAUUCUUCGUGAAAAGUUACAUCUUUUGACAAGAAUGUUUCUCACCAGAAAAAAAAAAUUCAGCUACCUCUAUAUGUUAUGUAUUUUUGGUUACCAUGAAGGUUUGGAAAAGAAUAACAAAUAUUAAACUAGGUUCUCACCUGCACUGAUCUCAAUAACAUGCUUCCUUUCCAAAAAGCUGACACAGCCUUUCGUCAGUAAAGGUUGAGCACAGAAAAUGCUCAGAGAAAUCUUGCAGGUGCUUAA